CGGGCUGGAUCUGUCCGAGGUUCAACGGCGCACAUACCAAGAAGUGCGCGGGGCACUCCAAAACUUCUUCGUUGUCAAGAAGAAUGUCAUCUUCGAGCGGGCUGUAUUCAACAUGCGCCGUCAGAAAGAAGGGGAGAGUGUGGAUUCGUUCGUCACUGCACUAUAUGCGCUGGCGGAGCAUUGUAGCUACGGGGCGCUACGCAAUGAACUGAUCAGAGACAGAAUUGUCGUCGGACUACGAGACAGUGGAUUGUCUGAACGCAUGCAGUUGGACGCGGAUUUAACCCUCGAAAAGGCCAUAAGAAUUGCACGGCAAAGCGAGGAGGAGGUGAAGAAGCAGCAGUCUCAUCUGCGAGGGGACACCAACUCAGAGGCAAGUGGCGCUGAAUCUGUUGACAGAGUGUUCAAGAGCAAUGUAAGGUAUGCUAAAAACACACCUACCUGUGCUAAUAGCCAGACAAACAAGUCCCAAAGUUCUCGUUACAAUAAGGAAAGGGGUGCACAGUCUGUGUGUCAGAAAUGCGGCAGCUCUCCAUCCCAUCCAAAAUGUGAUUGUCCCGCUCACGAGGCAAAAUGUCAUGCUUGCGGAAAGUAAGGACAUUUUAAGCGUGUGUGCAAGUCUAAAUCUGCGCACGAAGUUACAGAGGACGAAGAAGAUGAGGACGAGGAGGGGUUCCUCCUUGACAGUGUUACGACAGACCGUGACCCGUGGAUGGUCAAAAUUGACAUAAAUCAGCGUGGUGUGAUGUUCAAAAUUGACACGGGCGCUGAUGUCACCGUUCUGCCACACACAGUUUUCAGGGGCACGUACAAAAACAAUCUCCCUAAACCCAGAAAGGCAACAAAACGACUCCUGGGACCAGGGAGGAGCCCGCUUGAGGUCGUGGGCGUCGCCAGGCUGCUGCUGAGGAAAGGUGAUAGGGAGGUGAUGGAGGAUGUGUACAUCGCUCGUCAAGUGCAUACUGCCCUGCUGGGGAGAUCUGCGAGCUGCAGGUUGGGGCUCGUCGCACGCCUAGGCAGCGUCUCUAUAGAGACACUAAAGGAGAAUUACCCCAAAAUAUGCACUGGGCUCGGAGUGAUGCGGCGGCCGUACAACAUCAAGCUGAAACCUGGGGCUGAACCUUUCUCGUUAAAAACACCAAGGAGGAUUCCAUUGCCGUUACUGGACAAAGUCAAGCAAGAGCUAUCCCGCAUGGAACGACUCGGGGUGAUAUGCAGAAUCGAGGAGCCAACAGACUGGUGUGCUGGCAUCGUGGUGGUGCCCAAGAAAUCAGGUGCUGUACGUAUCUGUGUAGAUCUCACCAAACUCAACGAGUCAGUGUGCAGAGAAAAGUAUAUCCUGCCGUCAGUGGAGGAAACACUGGGCUUGCUGGCUGGAGCCCGGAUUUUUAGCAAGCUGGAUGCAAAAAUGGGGUUUUGGCAAAUACCCCUAACACCCCAUUCGGAGAAGCUGACAACUUUUAUCACACCCUUUGGGCGUUAUUACUUCAAACGGCUACCUUUCGGGAUAGCCUCAGCCCCCGAACACUUUCAGAACCGAAUGGCAACAGAGGUUACAGAAGGGCUGGAAGGUGUUGUUUGCCACAUGGACGAUGUGCUGAUAUGGGGCCGAACACAGGAGGAGCACGAUGCCCGCCUGCAUGCUACUGUGGAGAGGAUCCAGGAGGCAGGCAUCACGCUCAAUGUCAAAAAGUGUGAGCUGUCAAAGUCAGAGGUGACAUUUCUAGGCCAUGUGAUCUCAGACAGAGGCAUCAGGCCAGACCCAGGCAAGACUGAGGCAGUAAGGAUGAUGCCGGAGCCAACGAAUACAACAGAGUUGAGAAGUUUUCUCGGAAUGCUGACCCAACUCGGGAGAUUUGUGCCACAGCUGGCAGAGAGGGACAAGCCUCUCCGUGAUCUCCUGUCCAAAAAGAACUGCUGGUUGUGGGGCGUCGACCAAGCGCGAGCCUUUCAAGAUUUAAAAGAUGCGCUGACGUCCACACCGGUGCUAGCCAUGUUCGAUCCCAACAGGGAGAGCAAAGUGUCUGCAGACGCGUCGUCAUACGGGUUGGGAGGCGUUCUUCUCCAGAAGUGGGAGGAAGAAUGGAGGCCAAUCGCCUACAUGUCGCGGUCGCUCACACCUACGGAGCAGAGAUAUGCACAAGUGGAGAAGGAGGCUCUGGCGCUGACCUGGGCCUGCGAGAGGUUUCGAAACUUUCUCAUCGGGAAGCAUUUCCUGAUGGAGACAGACCACAAGCCUCUCCUGAGUCUCCUGGGGUCCCAAGCCUUGGACGCCUUACCUCCGCGGAUCCAACGCUUCAGGAUGCGACUCAUGCGCUAUUCUUACUCCAUCUCUCAUGUCCCAGGAAAGUGCUUGUGGACAGCCGACACGCUGUCUCGAGCUCCCAUGGAGAGGGUGGAGACACCAGCCGACAAGGAGUUGCUCGAAGAUACGAACAUCUACGCGGACAUGGUGAUGGAGAACCUACCGGCGACCACCGAAUACCUAGGAAAGCUGAGAGAGCAGCUGCGGAGGGACAGUGUGUGUGCACGUGUGAUGCAGCUGUGCACAGAAGGCUGGCCCGAACACGGUCCAAAUGAACCGGCACUCAGGCUGUACAGAGCAGAGCAGGCGUUCCUUACAGUUCACGACGGAAUCUUACUGAAGGGACAGAGACUCGUCAUACCCCCAACCAUGAGAAAUGAUGUCCUCGCCAAACUGCAUGAAGGUCACCAAGGCGUGGUAAAGUGUAGACAGCGAGCACAGCGAUCAGUAUGGUGGCCCGGGCUGAGCCAACAGCUGAACGAGUUGGUUCUCAACUGCCGAACAUGCUGCAAGGAGAGACGGAACCGGAGGGAGCCAAUGAUUCCAUCAGCCUACCCGGGCCGACCAUGGGAGAAGUUGGGUGCAGAUCUGUUCGUGCUCGGAGGCAAGACCUACUUGCUGGUUGUGGACUACAUGUCAAGGUACGUGGAGAUAGCUUCGUUGGCCUCCUCAAAAUCGGAUGAGGUAAUUCGCCACCUUAAGUCGAUCUACGCACGCCACGGGAUCCCCGACCUUCUAGUUUCGGAUGGAGGGCCCCAGUUCUCCGGAACGGGCUUCAGGGCUUUCGCGGAGUCCUACGGGUUCCGUCACAUUACAAGUAGCCCACGAUAUCCACAAGGAAAUGCCGAGGCAGAACGUGCCGUUCAGACAGUCAAAGGCCUCUUGAAAAAGGCAGAUGACCCCUACCUGGCCUUACUCGCAUACAGGGCUACCCCUCUUGAAAACGGGUACAGUCCGGCUCAGCUUCUCAUGGGGAGGAGACUCCGCACAACGGUGCCUGUCCUUCCUGCCCUGCUCGACCCAGCCGUCCCGGACCGUGAUGCCGUUGUACGGAGUGAACGGGAGAAGAGGACAAAAGAUGCUCAACGUUACAAUAUGCGGCAUCGGGCACAGAACCUCGUCAGACUCGACCCGGGACAGGAUGUGUGGAUUAAGGACCAAGGAGCGGAAGGAGCCAUCAUUGAAAGACAUGCUUCCCCACGAUCAUAUCUGGUGGAGGGGCCCCAUGGGACCAUCAGACGAAACCGUCGUCAUCUCAUCCCAAUGAGGUCCUCGCCUGAGCAGAGUGACCGUGGUGCAGCGGAACAGUUCUCGGGAAGCGUUCCAGGAAAACCAUCGGCUGAACCACCGCAGCAGAACCUUCCAGACCCGCCAGCUACUCCAAAUACCAAGACCAGGUUUGGAAGAGUCGUGGUGAAACCAACCAGGUUGGACUUAUAAGCCCCCCCCCCCUUCCUCCUACGGUUUCGGUACAAUCAAUGAGGCUGUGCUUGUAAGGUUGUUUGAAUUAUUUAAAAAAAAAAAAAAAAAAGGAGCGUAGCGGGGGAGGUGUAUGGUGCGAUGUGUUUGAAUGUGCUGUUUUGUUCGCUCUACGAUGUCUAGCUGGUUGCAGAUCAUAUGUGUGUUGGAGGCAUUGUUGAAAAUAAGAAUGACAUUUGUUUUUGUGCAUGUGAUUUUUUGACACAGGCUGAGAUAGGAGCAGACCUCUCAACUACGAGGCAGAAUAAUCCUCAAGGUCUGUUGAAUCAUUGGCAGUCUACCCAAUGAUUCUAGAAAAGGGAGAUGUGGUGUAAUUGUGUACAGCAUGACGAUAGUCACUG